CAUCCCUGCAUGGCUUUUAUACUGUUUAAAUUAAAGACUUUUUGAAUUAUACAAACAUUAAAAACAUAUAUAACGUUCGAUCAAAAUAAAAUGGGGUGAGUCCGGUGAAAUACAAUGGGGGUUGAUUGUCGGUUGUUUGGCUCAUCCCUCUCCCCCAAUAAUUUACAAAAAUUUGCACCCCUGGCUAGACCUAAAGGUGUUUGGCUCGUGUUUCGGCGUCCCCUUCCAUCAGCUGUCUAAUAAGUGCGUUCCAGUUCGUGUAAUAGUUUUCCUCAAAGUUGAAUGCCUCGCCACACUGGGAUCCGUCCGGCCAUACGGUCGAAGAGGUGGUCGCGGGGGUAGCUUGAAGCGCAUGAUUCACGACCUUGUGGCCUCUGAUUCACCGGGUACGGAUCCUGCACGGUAGCUGGGAUUUUGGGGAGCGGCGGUGGGAGUGCGCUUGCAGUGAUAAGGGCGGUGGUGACUUAUUAGGCUAUUUAUAGCGUGAGCGGCGGCGCGCGCACGAUGGCAGACCAGUUGGCCCCGCUGGUGCGCCGGCUCGAGGCGGUGACGUCACGGUUGGAGCGCUGCUCGCCCGGCGACGGCGGCGCCGCGGCGCCCGCCGAGGAGUUGGCGCCGUUCGUGGCCGCCUACGAUGAGUUCCUGUCGGGCCCGCUGGCCGACUACAUCAAGGAGGCCAAGAAGGUGGGCGGUGACGCGUCCACGCAUGCCGACCAGGUGCAGCGCGCCUUUCGCGCCCAGCGCGACUUCGUGCUGCUCGCCUCCAAGUGCAAGAAGCCGGACGACGCGGCCGUGGCCAAGCUGCUGAAGCCGCAGGCGGACGUCAUCACGGAGAUCACGCAGUUCCGCGAGAAGAACCGCCGCUCGGCGCAGUACAACCACCUGUCCGCCGUGUCGGAGGCGAUCGCGGCCCUCUCCUGGGUGAUCACGGCGCCGGCGCCGGCGCCCUUCAUCAAGGAGAUGAACGACGCCGGCCUCUUCUGGGGCAACCGUGUCAUCAAGGAGAACAAGGCGCACCAGCCGUUCACGCGCGCCUGGUCGGCGGCCUUGUCGGCGCUGCAGGCCUACGUCAAGCAGCACCACACCACCGGGCUCAGCUGGAACAUGCGCGGUGGCGACGCGGCGCUGGUGGCCGGCGGCGACGCCGCGCCCUCCAGGGGUCCGGCCGGCCCGGCGCCGCCGCCUCCGCCGCCGCCGCCCAAACCGCUCGCCUCCUCCGGACCAGACCCCACCGACCAGCAGCGGGCGGCCCUCUUCAACGACAUCAACCGCGGGGCGGCCAUCACGCAGGGCCUGCGGCACGUGACGAAGAACAUGCAGACCCACAAGAACGCUGAGCUCCGCUCCAGCGGCCCUGUGCCGGGCUCGAAGCCGGCGCCCAGCGCCAAGCCAGCCGGCGGCCGGGCGGCGCCCGUUAAGCGCGCGCCCGUCUGCGAGCUGCAGGGCAAGAAGUGGGUGAUCGAGCACCAGGACAACAACCUGGAGCUGCAGCUGGACCAGACGCAGAUGAACCAGACGGUGUACGCCUUCAACUGCGUCGACAGCGUCAUCCAGGUCAAGGGCAAGGUUAAUUCCAUCAUCCUGGACUCUUGCAAGAAGUCGGCCAUCAUCUUCGACUCAGUGGUGGCGUCGGUGGAGUUCGUCAACUGCGUCUCCUGCCAGAUGCAGGUGAACGAGAAGGUGCCCACCAUCUCGAUCGACAAGACGGACGGCCUGCAGAUGUACCUGUCCAAGGACUCGCUGGACGUGGUGCUGGUCUCGUCCAAGUCCUCCGAGAUGAACGUGCUGGUGCCCAAGGAGACUGGAGACUACACCGAGCUGGCCGUGGCCGAACAGUUCAAGACGACCAUCCAGGGCAAGAAGCUGGUGACCGUGGUGAACGAGUCCACCUAGGACGUCGGGGGAGGCCACGUGCGGUCCGGCCGCCGACAAAGUGAUGACUUUUUAUAACUAGUGAUUGUGUCAAACGGUCGGUAGUGCCGCUGUCCGCCAUUAAUCGGUUCAGUAUUUGAUUGGCAACGACCUACAUCUCCUGCGCCGUCGCGCGAUGCGAGAAACACGAGCACAAUGUCGUGAUUCUACUGGAGAGCUGUUUGGACAACCGGUCUUUAUUUAACUCGUAGUCCCGGGUAUAUCUGCUAUGGAGGGGACAGACCUUGGGCGUAGGACCAGUGACAACAGCACUGGCCAGGAUUCGGCAUGCUCCCUUUUCGGCCAAAGGUGGAAGUCACGGUUUGCGCUGUUGCGACAUGGAAGGACCCUAUUUGCCCUGUUAAACGGUUACGCUCACGUGAUCAGCACUAGUUUCUGUUAUGUUUAUGUACUCUUGCCCGACUGCUCUAUCGCCCCCAUCGCGCUCCAUUGCCGUAGCCGUCUUCCGAGUUUGUUUAUGUUUGAGUCUGACACGGCGGAAAACGUCGACUCAUUCGCUUGUUUGCCGGUUUGACUGGCUGGGCCGCCGAUAGCUUCAUUUGCUUGUAUGUUUUUUAAUGUACGGAAAAUACAAUAAAUCGAACACCCUG